GGGGAUCGCCAGGAAGAACGGUGGUGAUUGUUUUGAUGCUGCUGAGAUCUAUUGGUACUAUUCCGUGCGGAAACAGUGGGCUGGUAGCCGUUUGUUAGCAGUUUACAGCCUACUACCAUCGUUUACGAAUAUGUGCAACGGUUGUGUGCAAAAAGAAUACCCGGACCGGGGCAACACCUGUCUUGAGGACGGCUCCUUCCUGAUGAACUACGCGGGCUGCGCCAGCUGCCACCAAAGGGACUUCGUGCUCAUCAGCAAUAAAGCCACAGAGGAUGAAGAUGGAGAGGAAAUAGUCACAUAUGAUCAUGUUUGUAAAAAUUGCGACCACGUCAUCGCCAGGCACGAAUAUACCUUCUCUGUUGUGGAUGAAUAUCAGGAGUACACUAUGCUCUGCAUGCUGUGUGGAAAGGCGGAGGACUCCAUCAGCGUGUUACCGGACGACCCCAGACAGUCUGCUCCUCUCUUCUAGUCUCAUCCGCCUGCAGCUCCCUUUUGAGGCCAUCACCACCACGGUCCUGCUACCAGCUCAUGACUUUCAGGGUUCCAACCGUUUUAUCAUCAGUCUAAAUUUGUAAUGCAUGUCUCAAUGUUUUUACCGUAGUUGUUGAUGUACUAUUGUUACAGCACUUGAGCCAAAAUAAUUAUAUAUAUUUUAUUAGCCCUGACAAUAUAAAACAGCAUUCUAUACUUAUAGAAUGCCAUUAUAUAAACCAGCUAUGUCAUGUAAAUAAACAUUUUUUAUGAAUAAUAAAGAAGUAAUAACAAUAAUAAAAAAUAAUAAUUUUAUCCCCUUAAUUUUUACUUCCUGGCACAUUUUUAUCAAAUCCUAAUUCAAAAUUCCAAAAUACAUGAGAGAUGUAAACCCUUUUCACUGGAAGUGUAAAAAUAAUCGUAAUCCUUUAUAAUAACACCUUUAUAUUGGUGUGGGCUCCAGCAACACCAGCCUUUUUCAGUCACUAGUUGUCAGCAGUCCUUCUCUCGGGUGUACAGGGACGUCUGUCAUUGAAAGCAGCCGCAUCAACAGAAUUUGACAAGUGCUUGUUUUAUAAGGACAUGUCACAGUCUCACUUCAGUUUCAUAAAUUCUGCCUUUGUCUUCCUAUUAUCCUUUUGAUGUCAUUAGGCCUCGAUAUGCUUUUCAUAUAAACGUCUGUCUACAUUGCUGCAAACCUACUUAAAUUAAAGCUGAGACUGGCCUUUA